AUCAUUAAUAUUUUUUUUCUGCCAAAAGGUACCCGCUAAAAAAUAUAAAGGAAUUCAAGAGUCUGCUAGAAAUGUGUCAAUGUGCCCUACGACAAAAGAAUACAUAAUAAAACGAGCAAAAAUUAAACACUGUCAAGAUUUUUCCAGUUCCUUUGGUGAACAAUUAGAAUACCAUUGUGUGCUCAAUGACCGUGGAACAGGCUUUGUUGAAGUAUGUUCACCAGUGACCAAGAUAAUCGGUGAAUUUUGUGCUGAAUACAAUGAUGGCCUGGGAGGAAUUCAACCACAAAAACAGAAAAGCUGCAUGGGGACUUGUCCAUUUGUUUACAACUCCACGGCCUCGUAUAAAUAUGGGUCUGUGUGUUACAAGGGGUUAAGACAAAGCAAGGACAAGGACAGUGAUACGAAAGAUCCUAAGACCUCAACCACAUAUGUUAAUAACAUUACCCAAGAUGAGAAGGAUUUCUCUCUAUCCGAUAUCAACGAAACAAUACAUUUGCAGGAAAAUGGAACCAUCCGCAAAGAACGACAACAUUUUCAAUCUUCAAGAUGUGAAGGUUGCUCCUAUAUUGCUAUAUCUUAUAUAGCAAUAGCAGUACUAGUAUCAGUCUUAUUCAUCAUCCUUUACUUCAAACAGAAUUCCAAGAAUUCCAGACAAGCAUCACAAGAACACUCAUCGGAAAUGGGAAAGGCAAUCACUAUACCCAGUAUUCUGACUGCACCGCCACCCAUCAGUAUGCAAUGUAAAGAAAGG